CCUUCAAUUACUUCCGGUUUAUGUUUUACGAUGGACGUGGAGGACGAAAACAUUCUCGCCGGGAUCUUUAAAGAUUCCUUUCCGGAGAACUGGCAGGAGAAUUCGGAAUUUCUGCAGUACCUCAGUGAGUUAAGUUCCUAUGGAGUCCAAAAGCUAUCACUGGAACCUGAUAAUCUGGCAGAGGAAAAGAACGAGAUUCUGCAAGCCACGCAGAAUUUGGCCUUCCAACACUACAAAACCUUUAUACAGACCGCCGAAUGUUCCAGAGAUAUCUUCAAAGAUUUUCAGAUAGUGGAGAAACAUGUUGAAGACUUACUGGAUAAGUUACCCCAGUUUAGUGAGGAAUGCAAUGGCGUUAUGCAGAAAGCCCAAGACAUUAACGCCAGUCGUCGCAUGAACAACCUGACAUUGCAGCGUCAUACACAGCUCCUGGAAAUCCUAGAGAUGCCUCAGUUAAUGGACACCUGUGUAAGAAAUGGUUACUACGAAGAGGCACUGGAACUUGCGGCACAUGUCAAACGGUUAGAGAAAAAACACGGCACUAUUUCCAUCAUCGACACAAUAGUCUCAGAAGUGAGGGGUUCCACCCAGCUGAUGCUUAAUCAACUCAUCCAACAGCUGCGAACCAACAUCCAGCUCCCUGCCUGCUUACGUGUAAUUGGUUACAUUCGACGGAUGGAUGUAUUCACGGAAACUGAACUUCGAAUCAAGUUUCUUCAGGCCAGGAAUAUGUGGUUUCAGGGAAUGCUGGAUGUGAUUCCGAGAGAAGACCCUUAUACUCACAUCACUAAAACAAUAGAGACCAGUCGGGUACAUCUCUUUGACAUUAUUACACAGUAUAGAGCAAUUUUCUCUGAUGAUGACCCACUUCUGAGUACAAAGAAAGAUGACUCUGUAUGUGAAGCGUCUUUAUUUCAUGGAUGGGUGGUUCACAAAAUCUCCGAAUUCCUGGCAACUUUGGAGCAGGAUCUAAUGAUGGGCAUAGGUGAAAGACUAGACUCCAUUUUAGGACAGUGCAUGUACUUUGGACUCUCUUUCAGUCGAGUCGGUGCUGACUUUCGAGGUUUGCUGGCUCCAAUCUUCCAAAAUGCAGCUGUCAUGGGAUUCCAAAAUAUACUCACAGAGGCUAAUAAAAGAUUUGCGUUAGACAUGCAGUCCUACAAUCUGUUGGCCCAGACAAACACUGUAGGGUCAGUCCCUUACAGUGCUCAAGGGAGUGAACUUAACCCUCCAGCGAUUCUCUUGGAUUACUCCCCUUUGGCUGUGUAUUGCAACCAUAUUCUGAGUGGAUUUAAUGAACUGCGUUUGUGUGCCCCAAUAUCUGUUGCACAUGAAGUGGCGGAGGCCCUGAAAGGUUCCCUCUUGGAAGUGAACAAUGUCAUCCUUUCUUUCCACAGAACCGAGGAGGCAACAUUUGAUAAAAGAGAACAGGAGAAAUUUGCAAAGUUCUGUGAUGUGUAUGGUGAGACUCUUCUACCAUAUGUAAACAAAUGUCUCCAAGCAUUAUUUCCUCCUCAUCAGUUCUAUGCCUUUAUUGGAGUCCAAGUGAAUAUAUUUGAUAUCAAAACUGUCAUGAACAGAAUAAAACAUUUGAUGCCAGAUAAGGAGGCGGUAGACAGCGCUGAUGAAUCUAAUGCACAGCCUCAGAAUGCUAGUGAAGCAGAAUCAACAGAGAGGAAAGUGGACAAUUCUCUCACUGGUCAUCAAGCUCCAGACCAGGAGGUUGUUCCCCAGGGCGAGGGUAACCACCCCACGAUAGUCCUCCCUACCCAAGAAACAGAGUCGGACUCGGAGACUCCGGGUAAAGUCGUGUUCACCACUAGUAGCUGUGAGCACAGCGAACAUAGCGAUAUCGAGUGAGAUGACAAUAUUGUGUAAAUACUGACUUUACUGAGAAAUCGUUGACCUUGUUUCUAAAUAUUGUGGGAAUCUAACUUAGUUAUCUAAUGUCAUUUGAAUGGACAUUAUACAUGUAUCAUAUGUAUAAUUUAUAUUGAUAUUUUUUUGUUGUGAAGUUACAGAAUGAUUUAUUAAAUGAAACAUGUCAAAUUAUUUUAUUGCAAGAGAUUUAGUUUAGGUUUUAAUUUUAUGUACCAUGCAUAUUGAUAUUUAAUAAAGUUAUCUGAUGCAUAA